CCUUCAAGAUCUCACUUCACUUUGUAUAGCCCAGCUAACUCUUCAUUCAUUCCUUCACAUUCAUUACCCUGAUCAGCAUCGUCUUCCUUCUGAUCUGUGUACAAUGUCUAGGGUUAUGGAACCACUUACAGUGGGAAGAGUGAUAGGAGAAGUUAUUGACGUCUUUAGCCCCAGCGUGAGGAUGAAUGUGACAUACAAUUCCAACGUCCGAGUCGCCAAUGGUCAUGAGCUUAUGCCUUCAAUGGUUACUGCCAAACCAAGAGUCGACAUUGGUGGUGAUGACAUGAGAUCUGCAUAUACCUUGAUUAUGACAGACCCAGACGCUCCGAGUCCUAGUGAUCCAUAUCUAAGGGAACAUCUCCACUGGAUGGUCACAGAUAUUCCUGGGACCACAGAUGCUUCCUUUGGAAGAGAGAUAGUGGGGUAUGAAAGCCCAAAGCCAGUGAUAGGAAUCCACAGAUACGUAUUCAUACUAUUCAAGCAGAGAGGAAGACAGACAGUGAGAGGACCGAGUUCAAGAGAUAAUUUCAACACGAGGAGCUUCUCUCAGGAUAAUGGCUUGGGCCUGCCUGUUGCUGCUGUUUACUUCAACGCCCAGAGAGAGACUGCUGCGAGAAGACGAUGAAAACCCUACCUACCUCUCAUCUGUCUCACUACCCUAACGGAUCUCAAUGCUAGCUCUUCAAGCAUUAUUAUUAUUAUUAUUAAGUAAAUUAGAAGAGAAAUAAAGAGUGAAUAAAUACAGUAGGUGGAAUUCAUAUUCACUCUUCACUUGUAUUCUUUCAUAAUAUUCUCUUGCUGGGAUGUUGGGCAGUGAAUAAAUACAGAAGGUGGAAUUCAUAUUCACUCUUCACUUGUAUUCUUUCAUAAUAUUCUCUUGCUGGGAUGUUGGGCCAUUAUUGUAUAGUCUAUUAGCUAUAAAGCCUUGUAUUGUUCUCGAGUUUAUGUAGGAUUUGGGAUACAAGGUAGAAUAUGGAUGAUCCAUACCUAUUAUUUAAUCACGCUUCUGCUUA